CGUGUCAGGUUUCUCUGGGCUCGUGCUAAAUUUAACCCUCUGAUCCUGCAGCAGUCAGAGGGUUUAAAUGCCAACCUGCAGUUGCUGCUCCACACCAGUUGUUCUCCACACAUCUUCCUCUCUCCACUAACCCAGGCCAGAAGUGGGAGAGGCUCACUCACACACUCUCUCCAACACACUCAGACCUAACACCCCUAUAGAACACACACAGUAGAGCCCAGAGGAACCAAACCAGAGUCUUCGCCCCCUAAACUUCAGCGUCGACCAGUAUGGAGCUUUUCGAGACCAACCCCUACUUCUUCCCCGACCAACGCUUCUACGAAGGGGGGGACAACUUCUACCAGUCCCGGCUGCCGGGUGGGUAUGACCAGGGGGGCUACCAGGAGCGCGGGGGUUCCAUGAUGGGGCUUUGUGGAGGUCUAUCCGGGGGGGUUGGGGUAGGGUUGGGUGGAGGUAUGGAGGACAAGGCAACCCCCUCUGGUCUCUCCCCCCACCCGGAGCCCCACUGCCCCGGCCAGUGCCUACCCUGGGCCUGCAAGCUGUGCAAACGCAAGACUGUGACCAUGGACCGACGGAAAGCGGCCACAAUGCGUGAGAAGAGGAGGCUGAAGAAGGUGAAUGAGGCAUUCGAGGCCCUGAAGAGGAGCACCCUGAUGAACCCCAACCAGAGGCUGCCCAAGGUGGAGAUCCUGAGGAGUGCCAUCCAGUACAUUGAGAGGCUGCAGGCACUCGUCUCCUCCCUCAACCAGCAGGAGACCGACCAGGGAACACAGGGCUUACAAUACCGCACCGGACCUGCUCAACCCAGGGUGUCGUCGUCGAGUGAGCAGGGAUCAGGCAGCACCUGCUGUAGCAGCCCAGAGUGGAGCAACACCUCAGACCACUGUACCCAGAGCUACAGCAACGAGGACCUCCUGAGUGCAGACUCUCCAGAGCAGACUAACCUGCGCUCUCUGACGUCCAUCGUGGACAGCAUCACAGCAGCAGAGGGGGCUCCGCUGGCCUACCCUGUACCUGUGGACAUUCCCAAAUAAACCCAGAGCAGCAGACAGACAUGUGUGCUGUUAACAGGUCCAAUACAUCACAAACCAUCUUUUUUUACUCCCUUCCAUGAGGAGGUAGUCACUGAUGGGAUAUAACUGGAUAGGUGAAAGCCAUGCAGCGAAACCUACUGUACAUUCCACCUAUCCAAGCAUGUUAGAUCAGUGACUACUUCAAUGAAGGGAGGAAAGAAGGCCAGGCCCUGUGUGUCCCAGCUAGUUGCAAGCUAGCACUUGGACACCACACAGCACCAUACACACCCACACACCACACAACACCAUACACACCAACAUAGGCCAGGAGGUUUUUCCAGGACUAACUCCUGGCCCUAACCUAAAGCCCUCACACCUCUUCCAGGCCUGAGGCCUUAUUCCCUACCUACCAAACCCUGUGGUCCACGUAUCCCUACCAGUAGGUUACAGGUCAGAUCCUAACCUGAGAACCCACUGACAUCAAUCUAUGCAUGUUUUAGGACAAAAAUCCAGUUCCCUGUGUGGAUCUCAAGUUAGAACUGAGGCCCUAAGUGCCACUGGAAAGAAGAAACGAGAAUUAUGGUUUUCUGUCCUGACUUAAUGCAGAAAAAUAUAUGUUUCCUCCUUUUCUAAAUCUUUCCCUGAUCUAUCUUGCAUUCUGUUUGCGUGUGUUAUGCUUAAAAAACAUUAGUUUAUUAUUUGUGGGGCCAAUAUGUACCAUGGCAGUUUUGACCAAUGCAUCUGCUUAAUUUAAACUGGUAAUGAAUGCUAGUGAUGUAAAUACGUUCCGUUUUCUACAGAGUGGUUUUGCUAUUUUAUUUUCUAUUUUUUUGCUAACUUAUUUUUGAGUUUUAUAAUAAAGAUUGUUGUGUAUUUGUAGAUGUCCCAACUUGUAUUUGUAGAUGUCUAAACUUGCAUUAAAGACCAUUUUCAAUA